AUUUAAAUUCUUUCUGUAGUGGCUAAUCAGUAAUCAGUAAUUGUUUGAGUUUCAAUAUUAGUUAUUAGUUUUUAAUUCUUUUAAAUUACCCACAAUAAGACUUCAAAGUACAAAUGUGCCAAACUUAAAUUUUUUUUAUAGUGUCUGUGAUAAAUUGUUACAAUGCACAAAACGGAAGUUGAUAUUCCACCUAGCGUUCGAAAACGUUUAAUUCAUCUCUUCGGACUUAUCGAAAAAGAAUUUGAAUCUGUUUGCCAGGAAAACGUUGUUCUGCAGGAAAAAGUGGAGUCACUCACUGAGAAAGUUAAUGAAAAGUACUUGACGACUGAACAAUUUCAAGUAAAUUCGAAACAAAAACCGCCAACUGGUCAAAAACUCAAAACUGCAGAGAAAUUAAAAGCACAAACUAGUAAAAUUGUAUCCAGCUUUAAAAGUCCUUCAGCAGCUAAUUGUCAGUUUGUGAAAGAAUAUGGUGGACACAGGGACGGUUUGUGGGAUUUAGCGUUACCUCAUACUGGACAGCCUGUCAUUGGGACCUGUUCAGCAGAUCACACCGCAAGAAUAUGGUGUAUUGAAACUGGUACACCACUUUUACAAUACACUGGUCAUAUGGGAUCAAUUAAUUCUAUAAAAUUCCAUCCCAAUAAAGAUUUAGCUCUCACAUCAAGCGGUGAUCAGACUAUUCACAUUUGGCAGGCAGCUGUUAAUCUAGAUAAUUUAAGGGAUCGGGAAUCUGAUGACACUGAGACUGAAGAUGACCGAGUUGUUCCAAUACUGCGCACACCUUCAUGUACAUUUUUGGGACAUAAUGGGCCAGUUAUGGCUAGUGAUUGGUUACUGGGUGGUGAUCAAAUUAUUACUGCAUCAUGGGAUAGGACUGCUAAUUUGUAUGACGUUGAAACCAGUGAACUGUUAAACUCACUUACUGGGCAUGAUGAAGAAUUAACUUAUGCAUCUUCACAUCACUCCCAGAAAUUGGUUGUCACUGCUUCUAGAGAUACUACAUUUAGAUUGUGGGAUUUUCGUGAAGCUAUAAACUCAGUUUCAGUUUUUCAAGGUCAUACAGAUACAGUGACUUGUGCGGUUUUCACAUCUGCUGGACUUGGUGGAGAAGAUAAAUUAGUAUCUGGGUCAGAUGAUCGGUCCAUAAAAGUUUGGGAAUUACGUAAUAUGCGCUCUCCAAUUACUACUAUCAGGGCCGAAUCUGGUGUAAAUCGCUUUGCAAUUGCUUCUAAUGGUGUUAUCGCUAUUCCUCAUGACAAUCGACAAGUUAUGUUGUACGACAUGGCUGGACAACGAGUUAACAGAAUACCCAGAACAGCUAGAAAUAGACAUAGACGUAUGGUAACAGCUGUUGCAUGGAGUGAAGAUAAUCCAUUUGCUAAUUUAUUUUCUUGCGGAUUUGAUCGAUUAGCAUUAGGAUGGUCUGUUCAGUUGUGCAAGGACUAAUCCUUAUUAAUUUUUCGAGUUCAAAUAUGUUAAGUAUUUUAAUGGCAUGUCAUAUUUUUAUAAACAACAUUUUUACUUCUUUUUCUGUUUCCUAUUUUGAAUUUAUGUAUAUGUGUGUGUGCGUGUGUGCAAUUUCUAACUUUUAUCUGUGAAACUCAGAAUCUAUUAAGUUACAUUUUUAAAUAUAUAUAGUAUUAACAUUGUUA